AUGAGCAGCGAAGUGGACCCGUCUGGAGCAGAGGAUGGGAAGAGGCGCAGAGUGCACGGGAUGUUGAAGCUUUACUACGGGCUGAAUGAGGAGGGCAAGGCCGUGGAGCAGUCUGAGUCCUUGGAUCCUUGUGAUAUCAAUGGGCCUCACUUCGACCCAGAGCUGUACCUCAACAAGCUGAGAAGGGAGUGUUCUCUGGCAGAGUUAAUGGACCAUGAGACAUGCAUGGUCAAACAGAUCCGCUCUUUGGACAGUGACAUGCAGACACUUGUGUAUGAAAACUACAACAAGUUCAUUUCUGCAACAGACACAAUAAGAAAGAUGAAAAAUGACUUUAAGAAAAUGGAGGAUGAAAUGGACUGCCUUUCUGCUAACAUGGCAUCCAUUACUGACUUUAGUGCUCGAAUCAGUGGCACGCUUCAGGACCAGCAUAUGCAGAUUACCAAAUUGUCAGGUGUACACACUUUGUUAAGAAAGCUGCAGUUUCUCUUUGAGCUUCCCGCCAGGCUGAACAAGUGCUUGGAGCUGCAGGCCUAUUCUCAGGCUGUGAACUCGCAUCGCAGAGCGCGCUGUGUGCUGCAGCAGUACAGCCACCUGCCGUCCUUCAAAGGCAUCCAGGACGACUGCCACGUCAUCAUGGACAAACUCGCACAAGAACUACGCCACAAGUUCAGAGAUGGUGGGAGCAGUUCCAAAGACUUAUCAGAGUGUGUGGAGUUGCUGCUACAACUGGACGAGCCUGCUGAGGAGCUCUGUGAUAAAUUCCUCUGCCAUGCUCAAUCUCGACUGGAGUCGGAUCUCCUCGGUCUGGAGGCCGAGAUAAAUCCUGUUGCUUCUGGUGUGAAAGAUGCUUCUGCUCAUAAAGACUCUAUCACUGCUGCUGGUUCACCCACAAAUGUCUCUCCUCUGUCCUCCCCCACCUCUGCCAAGACAGACAUUUUGGAGUUCAUUGAUCGAGGCUGCAACGAGUUUGUCAGUAGUUUAUGCUUAGUAAUUGCAUCCUACCAAGAACUAUUUAUCUACCAUCCUCAAACUGGUGAGCUUGCAACCAAGAACAUUCCCCAGAUGGCAAAUGGCAAGCUGCAUGUGUUUGUAGACGAUCUUGCGACCCGCUACUUCUCCCUGGUCGAGCGAAGGAUCCAAGAGGAGAGGGGAGUGGGGGAUAACUCUCUGCUUGUACGGGCAUUGGACCGUUUUCACCGCAGACUGCAAGCUGUGACCAAGCUACUUCCUGGUUCAUCGGUGCCGAACCAUGGCACUGCGAUCGUGAUCCGUGCGGCGAAUGAGCGCGUGAAGCAGUAUCUGUGCGCACUGCAGAGCUUCUACAUGGACAGUUUGACAGAUGUGAGACAGGCCCUGGCCACGCCACGUCUCUCUAUGGGAGGAGCUUCAGCUAUGGGGGGGGCGUCGGGUAGGGACAACCCGAACAGUUUGCCAGAGCUACUGUCUUCCUUGUCGUCCUCCAUUCUCAAUCAGAUCAAGUCUGUGCUGGCAUCUGUGCAUCUUUUCACAGCCAAAGACAUCGCAUUCUCGAAUAAACCGUACUUCAAGGGGGAAUUCUGCAGUAAAGGUGUCCGCGAAAGCCUGGUAGUGAGCUUCAUCAGGUUUGUGUGCCAGUCGUCCCGUCAGUUCUGUGAAAGUGCUGGAGACAAGGGUGGCUCCACGCCUCCCGCCCUCCUGCUGCUGCUAUCCCGCCUCUGCCUGGACUAUGAGACAUCCACCAUCUCUUACAUACUCACACUCACGGAUGAGCAGUUCCUGGUGCAGCACCACAGUCCUGUCACACCCGUCACUACUUUAUGUGCUGAAGCCAGGGAAGCGGCGCAAAAGCUUCUGAACCAUUAUGUGAAGGUUCAGGGGUUAAUUAUUUCUCAGAUGCUCAGAAAGAGUGUAGAGACCAGAGACUGGGUGAACACUAUUGAACCACGAAAUGUCCGUGCUGUGAUGAAGAGAGUGGUGGAAGACACUACUUCUAUUGAUAUUCAGGUGGGUCACUUGUACGAAGAGGGAGUGAGAAAAGCACACAGCAGUGACUCCAGCAAAAGGACUUUCUCCGUUUACAGCAGCUCCAGGCAGCAAGCCCGCUAUGCUGCCAGCUACACUCCAAGUGCUCCUAUGGACACUAAUCUGUUGAGCAACAUACACAAGCUGUUUUCUGAAAGGAUUGACAUUUUCAGCUCAGUGGAGUUCAACAAGGUGUCGGUCAUAACGGGAAUAAUCAAAAUCAGCCUGAAAACCUUCCUGGAGUGUGUGCGCUUGCGUACGUUUGGUCGUUAUGGACUGCAGCAGAUCCAGGUGGACUGCCACUACCUGCAGAUGUAUCUGUGGCGCUUUGUUUCAGAUGAAAACCUUGUCCACUUCCUGUUGGAUGAGAUAGUGGGGAGCUCUGCACACCGCUGCCUCGACCCUGCACCCAUGGAACAGAGUGUUAUUGAAGUCAUUUGUGAAAGAGGUUAA